AUGUUCUCCUCCGCGCUCAAGUCCUUUGGCAGCACCAACAUCUCCUCCAACUAUACGAUAUCCCCGAAUCCAACCUCAACGGCCGGGCCAUGGAAGAUUUACGAUGCGAAAAAGAAGUCCACCGGCAAGAGUUACAGCGCCUUCGUCUUUGACAAAAAGGCCCUAGACGCACACGGCAGUUCUGUGGGCAAGGGCAAUGCCGCAUCCUAUAAACGCAGCGUCGAGGAGGUGGUUGAGCGCUUGAAAAAGGAAGCGUCCAGUUUGGCCAAGCUGCGGCAUCCGAGCGUCCUCGAACUUGUCGAGCCGGUGGAGGACACAAGAGGCGGUGGUUUACAAUUUGUCACAGAAGCCGUCACCGCGUCGCUGUCAGGCUUGCUUCAAGAAAAAGACGAGCAAGAACGCUCUGGCCCUGGCGGACGAUCCAGCCGAUACGUUACAGAAGAUGCCGACGGCGUUCGCAGAAGGAGAGAAAUCGAAAUCGACGAGCUGGAAAUCCAAAAGGGCUUAUUACAAAUCAGCAAGGCAUUGGAGUUUCUACAUGACAAUGCAGGGCUUGUCCACGGCAACCUGACUCCCGAUGCAUCUGACUGGAAGAUUAGUGGACUCUCUUUUUGUAGUCCCGCGGACAACUCGACCAAGCCUACCUCGAUCCAUGGCAUUAGUCUGCAUGAGGUCCUCAACUUGGACCCCAGGUUACCCAAGUUUGUCCAGCUAAACUUGGACUACACCUCUCCAGAUUUCGUCAUGGAUAACAACCUGACUCCUUCUGCCGACAUGUUCUCACUCGGUCUGCUGUGUGUGGCUCUAUACAACUCACCACACCAGUCGCCGAUAGAGUGCCAUGGAAGCCUCUCUUCGUAUAAAAGGACGUUUUCUUCGCCUUCCACCGUCCCCACGACGACCAACAACUAUCUCUCGUCCAGGCCGCUGCCUAGGGACUUGUCAAAUCAUGUGCUCCCAAAGCUCAUCACAAGGAGACCUGCACAGAGAAUGACAGCCCGAGAAUUUCAGCAGAGCGAGUACUUUGACAACGUCCUCGUCUCAACUAUCCGGUUUCUUGACACUUUCCCUGCCAAAACGCCCAAUGAAAAGUCUCAAUUCUUGCGAGGCCUCAACAAAGUCUUGCCCUCUUUCCCCAAGUCGGUUCUAGAAAAGAAGCUUUUGCCGGCGCUGUUGGAUGAGAUGAAGGAUAAGGACCUUCUUUCUCCUAUCCUGCAGAACGUCUUCAAGAUACUCACCUUGCUGCCGGCAGCGCGGAGAGCGUUCAGUGAAAGGGUUCGGCCCGCCCUGAAGGCUGUCUUUGUGGAAAACGCAAAACAGAGCCAAGAGAAAGAUCCUGCCCGAGACGCUGGCCUGAUGGUCUUCUUGGAGAACAUAGCAGUAAUAGCAGACAACACUAACGGCGGGGAGUUUAAAGACGCAGCCAUUGAGUGUCCCACUCCUGCAAUCGUUGAUGUGGCUCUGAGAAGCUUUUCCGUCGUGCUGCCUGUCCUUGACUUUAGCACAAUCAAGAACGAGCUGUUCCCCGUUGUUGCCGCGGUAUUUAGUCGAACAAACAGUCUUGCCAUCAAAGUCCGCGGUCUCCAGGCUUUCGUCGUCCUCUGCGGCGGCUCCAACGAAUCCAGCGCCGACGAUGGAGGCCUCAGCGGUUUGGAAGGAACCAAGAAGACGUCAUCAUCCAGCGCCCUGGAUAAAUACACUAUGCAAGAAAAGAUUGUACCUCUAGUCAAGGGCAUCAAGACGAAGGAGCCCGCCGUCAUGAUGGCCGCGCGAGACUUGAUGUACGUGGUCGGGCAGACAGCCGACGCCGAUUUCGUGGCCAUGGAUAUCCUGCCAAUCCUAUGGAGCAUGAGCUUAGGCCCGCUUCUCAACCUCAAGCAGUUCCAGUCUUUCAUGGACCUCAUCAAGACGCUGUCACGCAAAGUCGAGGACGAGCAGACGAAAAAGCUGCAGGAGCUCUCCGGCUCCAUCAACGGAUCUACAGCCGCCAUCAACGAAGACUUUAUGGCGUUUGGCGGAGUGACUGGAACCGCGUUCGAUGCUACAAACGGCAACGAGGACGACUUUGAAGCGCUGGUCAAGGGAAGGCCCGGAGGCAGCUCCAGCGCCGCGAGGACCCCAAGCUGGGAGGAUUCGCCGCACGUGGCCGCCGCCAGCGUCAGUCGUUCAUCAACGGCAACUCCCCAGACCCCGUCCUUCUCCUGGUCAACUCAGCCCCCCGUGAGCCCUCCCGUGAAGCAACCGAGCACGCUCCAAACCCAGCAGCCUGCUUUCCGCACCGUCACCCCUGACCUCAACCGCUUCGAAGUCAUGACGCCCAGCUCGACACAGUUCAGCCAGCCCCUGCAGCCGGCGCAAUCUGGCUUCCCGCAAACGCCGGCGCAGCAGUCUGCACCAAGCUUCGGCUGGUCGUCCACCGCUUCAACCACAGCCAAGAGCUUCACACCGCCGCCAUUGGCAUCAAACUACUCUUCUACAAUGUCAACUUCCAGCUCCGGCUCCGCGUUCGGCCAAGGCAUGACCAGUUCCAUGUCCAACAUGUCUCUCAACUCGCUCAACGCCCAAAGACCCACGCUGGGCGACUCUCGCGGCUCAUCGUUUUCCCUCGCACCACCACCAGCCGGUAACUCGAUGGCAACUCCCUCUACUUCAGGACUGUCAGGAUUCAGUCUCGCGCCACCGCCAACGGGAUCGCAAAACGUAUGGGCUUCGAGCAGUCCAUCUCAACAGCAGAAACCAAUGGGCUUUGGUGGGAUGAACAACAGCUCCAUGGGAAGCGGAAGUUCUUUCUCAAGUAGCAUACCUCAACAAACCCAGCAGCAGCAACAGCAACAGCAAAAGUCGGGUCUGGACAAGUAUGAAAGUCUGAUUUAG